AUGAUUAUAAUUUUAUAUUGAAGUUUACCUAUAAUUUUAUUUAUUUUAGGUUUAUUUUGUUUUGUUUCUAAUCGAAAACAUUUACUUUCAAUAUUAUUAAGUUUAGAAUUUAUUGUUUUGAUAUUAUUUUUUAUACUAUUUAUUUAUUUAAAUAUGUUAAAUUAUGAAAUUUAUUUUAGAAUAAUAUUUUUAACUUUUAGAGUAUGUGAAGGGGCUCUUGGGCUAUCAAUUUUAGUUUCAAUAAUUCGAACACAUGGGAAUGAUUAUUUUCAAUCUUUUAGAAUUAUAUAA